ACAACAUAGUUUCUUAUCAUAGCGAAGUUGCCUUGGAUAAACAACUAACAGCUUUCUGGGAACUAGAAGAUAUACCGAAAAACAAAAAUUUAAACGAAGACGACAAGUAUUGUGAAGAGCUUUAUCGGAAAACGACUGAGAGAAACCCAGAUGGAAAAUAUGCAGGAAUUUCCAGCAAACAUUUGCCUAGACCCCUCUCUUAAAAAAGCAUGCUCUCAGUUCUUCCGGAAUGAGACACGGCUUAGAAAGGAUCCCGUCCUGCAAAAAGAGUAUAAUAGGAUACUAACAGAAUAUGAAUCACUGGGACACAUGUCCAGAAUAAAUGCUAGCAUUUCAGCAGACUCUUCCGAUAACUACUUUCUACCCCAUCACGCUGUGAUAAAGGCGGAAAGCACCUCUACAAAAGUUCGGGUCGUCUUUAAUGCCUCAAGCCAGACGGCUAAUGGUACAAGUUUAAAUGACGUACUUUACCCAGGUCCAGUACUCCAAGCAGAUCUUCCAAUAUUAAUACUCCGCUGGAGAUUAUAUAGGUACGUUUUUAAUAGCGACAUCGAGAAGAUGUACCGCCAAAUUUGGGUGAAUAACAACCAUACCAAAUACCAGCGAAUAGUUUAUCGUACAAACCCGAACGAACCUGUAAGUCUAUAUGAAUUAAAGACUGUCACUUUCGGGAUUAAUAGCGCACCUUACCUCGCGAUAAGGACACUUCUGCAAUUAGCUGACGAUGUAGAGAGUUCUUUCCCAAUAGCAUCUAACACUCUACGAAAGUGCAUGUAUGUGGAUGACGUGUUAGCUGGAGGACAUAGCGUCGACUCUACCAUUAAAGCAAGAGAUGAAAUCUCAGAAGUGUUACGAUCAGCUGGUUUUCCACUACGGAAAUGCACCUCAAAUUGUCAGGAAAUUCUAAAGGACAUCCCAAAAACGGACCUUCUUAGCGAAGACUUCUUAGCAUUCGAAGACACCAGCACGGUUAAGGCUCUGGGCAUAAGAUGGAAUGCCCAUACGGAUUUAUUUUAUUUUAUGGCCAGACCAUUGGAGGAGCACAACACUAUUACGAAAAGGGCGAUACUGUCAGCUAUCGCCAAGCUUUUCGAUCCGCUGGGAUGGCUCGCGCCAAUAGUCAUCGUAGCCAAAAUACUCAUGCAAAGUAUUUGGCUAGAAGGCACAGACUGGGAUGACACUGUGUCUGCUACUAUUUUAGAACGUUGGCAGCAUUUUACAAGACAUUACCACGAAAUAGAUAAUAUCAGAAUAUCUCGAUGGGUAUACUUCUCACCUGGAGACACCAUAGAGAUACAUGGUUUCUGCGACGCAUCAGAAAAAGCAUAUGCGGCUACGGCAUAUAUGCGUGUCAAAAGAGAUGACAAAAUUUUGGUCAAUCUACUUUUGGCAAAAACCAGAGUAGCCCCCGUCAAAACUAUAUCGCUACCACGACUGGAGCUUUGCGGAGCAGUACUGCUCGCAGAAAUCAUAGAAUCUAUAAUCAACAACCUCAACCUAGGACCAGUGAAGACACAUCUAUGGACGGACUCGACCAUCGUACUCGCAUGGAUAUGAAAGCCGUCUUGUUCUUGGUCAACCUUCGUCGCCCACCGAACUACGAAAAUCGUAGAAAAAGUAGGGGAGAAGGACUGGCUACACGUAGACUCGGCCUCAAAUCCAGCCGAUUUGGCUAGCAGAGGACUACCUGCGUCAGAAUUGGUCAACAAUUCUUUGUGGUGGCAGGGACCUUCUUGGCUGCAAGAAGACAACUCCAAGUGGCCCGCUCAAGGAACAGACUAUCAU